GCGCUUAUCAAUUGUUUCAGUAAAAAUGACGACAUAAGCCAAGCCCAAAUGCUGGAAGGACCAGGUGGACUAAAACUUGUCGUUUCUGUGGAAAAAGCUACCGAGGUAGGAUGGAAGUUUAGUGCGCUUUUAGGAAGCGAGUUUGAUCUGCUUCAAUUCACCCUUCUUCACUCUCCAUGUGCAUCACGUUCAUUUAUUGUCUAUCUUGUUUCAGAAGCUGGGACGUCGUUCAAUCCAAUGACUACUCCUCAGGUCAUAGGUGCACUUGCCAAUGCUAACGAUGAUCCAUACAAACCCAAAAUGGAGUGUCCAACGUGCGGACUGCUUUUGAUUAUUAUUUGUCAAUGUUUUUUUAAUCACAUCCUCUAUCGUCAUAAUUUUUCGACUCACUAUCGAAUCCACACCGCACAUACUGGUGAGAAGCCCUACAUAUGCCCAUCUUGCGGUUAUUCAACGAUAACAAAACGGAAUCUUGAUCGUCACAUUGAAAACCAUCACGUUCGAACAGGAGGAUCCAAAGGUCCAGCGACGAGGAGGAUCUACCUUCGUCAUUCUUUGGCGUCGUUAAAACCCUCUCCCAUAUUUUCUUUGACAACACCAUUAUUUUUUCAUAAUCGUAUCCUAGGUGGUAGGGUAUACGAUUCACAGUUGUUCUUCUCUGAUUCGUUCGCUCGGAAUGAGGAAGGUGCUGUGUGUCGCAGAGAAGAACGAUGUUGCAAAAGGAGUUGCUUCGAUACUAUCAAAAGGUUGCAUUUCUUUUGA